AUCGAGCACUUGCCCGCACAGAACAUACUCACCUCUAAUGUGGUGCUCAGAGUUUUAUACAGAGGAACGCCGACCAACACUAUAGUUGUGGGCGAUCUCUUGACUUUCCGUUUAGAGGCCCGAUCACAAUAUCGAUACGAUUUGUAUAAUAACGAUAUAUUUGCGGCGAAUGUGAUUGCAAAGGAUCCUUACACUGGACGUCAGGUCCAUUUGGUUGACUCCAGAGGAUGUCCGGUCGAUCUCUAUGUGUUCCCAGAAUUACACAAAACACCGGACGGAGCCCUCGAAGCAGAAUUCUAUGCCUUUAAGAUACCGGACUCUAAUUUCCUAGUAUUCCAGGCGACUGUGCGGACGUGUAGGGGCCCGUGUGAACCGGUUAUUUGUAACGACAAGGGCAGAGGUCCGGGUUCUUUCCCGUCGUGGGGUCGACGCAAACGAGCGGCUAAUACGGCAAAGGAAUCGACGCAAACCAAAGCCAACUCCACAGAAGAGGCGGAAGAAGUGCACGAAUUAUUGAGAGUAUAUUUGCAACGAGAAGACGUACCGCCGCCUGAAAGCAAAGCCCGAUCCGCGCAAACACCACAAACUCCGGCAACUGUUGGCAAACUUUCGCCCAAAGUUUGUGUCUCUCAGACCAAAUAUUAUGUGUUAGUGACUGCUCUCACAAUUCUCACAUCCAUUCUCAUCAUCACGAGUGCGACCGUAGCUCUCGUUUACUUCAAGAGAGUUAAAUCUGCGAAAAAGCAAAUCGAUUUCGUUGUUCCCAAACCAACAAAUAGCAACUUUUACGCCAAUCAGCACCGGUCAGCCCAACCCAUCCCUUCCCACCACAAGUUUGACGACCCGAGUGAACCCAUAUAUACGGAUCCAUCACUAUUUGAAAGGUCUCGAAGUCUCCGAAGUCUCACUGUAACCAACUCUGAAGACAUCCGAUCCGACCGGACGUCCGACCCAUUGGCCCAUCAAUUGUCCCAUCAAUGA